CCAACUCCACGGCCGCCGGCACCGAGCUGGCGCGGCGCAUCACGGAGCGGCUUGGUGCUGAACUGGGAAAAUCUGUGGUGUACCAGGAGACCAAUGGAGAAACAAGAGUUGAAAUAAAAGAAUCCGUCCGGGGCCAGGAUAUCUUCAUUAUACAGACAAUACCCAGGGAUGUGAACACUGCUGUCAUGGAACUGCUGAUAAUGGCUUAUGCCCUGAAGACGUCCUGUGCCAGGAAUAUCAUUGGGGUCAUCCCUUACUUCCCCUACAGCAAGCAAAGCAAAAUGAGGAAGAGGGGCUCCAUCGUCUGCAAACUGCUGGCUUCUAUGCUGGCCAAAGCAGGUUUAACGCACAUUAUCACUAUGGACCUUCAUCAAAAGGAAAUCCAAGGCUUCUUCAGCUUUCCAGUAGACAACCUGAGGGCAUCCCCAUUCUUGCUUCAGUAUAUACAGGAAGAAAUCCCGGAUUAUAGGAAUGCAGUUAUUGUUGCCAAGUCCCCAGAUGCAGCUAAAAGGGCCCAGUCUUAUGCCGAGAGACUGCGACUGGGAUUAGCAGUGAUCCAUGGGGAAGCUCAGUGUACAGAGCAAGACAUGGAUGAUGGACGCCAUUCUCCUCCAAUGGUCAAAAACACCACUGUGCACCCUGGCCUGGAGCUGCCCUUGAUGAUGGCCAAAGAAAAACCACCAAUAACCGUUGUUGGAGAUGUUGGAGGAAGAAUCGCCAUCAUUGUGGAUGACAUUAUCGAUGAUGUGGAAAGCUUUGUAGCUGCUGCAGAGAUCCUGAAAGAGCGAGGCGCUUACAAAAUUUUUGUGAUGGCCACUCAUGGCCUCUUGUCUGCAGAUGCUCCCCGUCUGAUUGAAGAAUCCUCUAUUGAUGAGGUGGUGGUGACCAACACAGUUCCUCACGAAGUGCAGAAGCUGCAGUGUCCCAAGAUAAAGACAGUAGAUAUUAGUUUGAUCCUCUCUGAAGCCAUCCGCCGAAUCCACAAUGGGGAGUCCAUGGCCUAUCUCUUCCGUAACAUCACUGUGGAUGAUUAGAUUCUAAUGAUGUCCCUAUCCUGGGUUUCUUAAUGAGAAGGGAGAAGGAAAAGUGCAUGAAAAAAAUGCCAUAAAUUUAGAGAGAAAACAGCUCUUUUUUUUUUCUUUCUUUUUUUAGGGGUGGGGAGGGGGGGAAGGGGUGGCGCUGGGGAGAAGAGGGAAGACAUUAGGGACAGGAGCUGCAAGAUUGCAUAGCAAAAGUAAAACUGAACAGCACUAAUGCCCAUAGCCUUUUCUCCUCACCUAUUAUUAGGGGAAAUUAAACUAGUUGUUAUCAGAGCAUGAGGAGGCUGUGAAUUGAAAUACAAGUUGCUAAUGUUUGCCUCGCAUUCCAGAACUAAAAUGAGGGGGACAUUUGGAAGUCUUCUUGCUACAUGUUAACUGGUAGGAGUCUUGAUUUUGACUUCUAGUCUCUAUGAAUUGAGUAAUAGAGUUCAGAAGGGAACACUUCAUUUAAGCUGCUUGGAUGAGUAAGUAGCUCUCUGCAUGGCUGAUGUGCUAAACGUCCAUCUGCCAACUGAUAGCCUCAUUUCUACCUUACAGAUUUAUUUUUAUGAAAUGAGUUGCUGCAAGUAUGUUCAGCAGUAGCAGCCUAGAAUGACCUGCUGGUAGGAAUUGGACUUGUAGGUGUAUGUCCAAUCUGUCUUUCUCAGCAAGGCAGUGGGUACAGUUAUAAAGCACACCAGCCUUUUGUCCCUUGAGCCUUGAGUUUUUAUCAUGCCUCCAUGGCAAGUAAUGUGAGUCUGGUUCCUACUGAAAUGCUUACCUGAAAGCAAAAUCAGGCACUAGUUCUGAUGUGGCCAUGGGCUCACAGAUUGGCCACAACUAAAAUAUCAUGGUAGUAUGGGCCUGAGCAGGGGAAUCUCAGCACAGUAUCUGCCUCAAAUUACAGCAGUACUUUCCAAAACACUAACUCUCAACCUGCAGUACAAAGCUAGGAUUUUUUUUUAAUUUACUUUUGGCUCUUUCUAGCCCCCUUUGCCCUGCAGACAGCUGCCAUCUCUGGACCAGGUGGUUUGCUGUGGUAAAUGUAUUCACUUGGCAGCCUUGUUGAUCGAAGGAUGACACAGCUGCUUUAAAGCUAUUUUCAGAAACCUGCUAAAUGUCUUCUGCCCCUGGAGACCCUAGGCCUGGUUGCUUGCUCCUUUCUCAUGUAAUGCUCACCCUUGGCUAUUAAUGAAAAAGAAGAGCAGGUGGCUUUGAAAAGGAAUGCAGGGUUCCACUGUGUUGUGAUUCGAGUUUUUCUGGUCUCCCAUAAGACCCAAGGGUAUAUUCCAAAAUAAUCUGCUUUUUGACAGGGCCAGGUCAGUGUGCACUCUAGUUAGACCUAUAAUGUUUUCUGAACAACAAAGCAUUUUGAAGGGGGGCUAUUGCUUGGGAGAGAACAGGGCAGAGUUAUUUUGCUGUCUCUAGCAAGAGUUUUGUUUAUAGUAUUACUUAUCCAUCAACUUGUACCUACAUACGUCACUCGCAAGCGUUAACAAACACAUCCUGAGGGUGUUAAAGAGCAAAUGCUAGCACCGAGUCCAGAAAGAGCCUUGAGAUGGUUAAACAAACAAAAGGUCUUUUUCAGUGGAGUAAAAGUGCAUUCAAAGAGCUGUCGUCCUAGCUUGAAGCCACUCUGUAUGAAAUCACAAAACUGAAUGCAGGUAGUCGGCCUUCACUUCUGGUAUCCAGCUGUUGAACAAAACCUCCAAACCAAAUCUCACAAGCAAUAUCCAGGACUCUGCUUAAUGUAGUGACUAUGGAGGAUUUUACUGUGUUUACUAAGCACUAGGAAAAGUUACAGCUGUGCUCUGCUAUCAAGAUCACGUGCUUGGCUCCUCAGGGCUGCUUACUGUGUUUUAACAUGGUACUGUAUUUUAAGUAUUAUUGAAGGGAUUGACUGAAGUUUGAGUGUAUCCUUGUUCUUAACUA